GGUGAGCUCAGUUCUGAUCGCAAUCUUGGGAAUUUGACUGCAAUCAUGAACUUGAACUGAGCUAUGUCGAGAACUUGCAACAUUGGAGAACUCGCAAAAACCAUAAAUGUUUGCCAGACCAGAUCUUCAAUGAUAACAAAGCAUUCAAGCAUAUACAACCUGAUGUGAUUCCCCGCUUUGAACAGCCUCAUUGCUAUCGCCAACAAUCAAGCUCACAAAUCUUCAUCUGCGCCUUAUAAUACAACUUGGCCAAACGCAACACUACCGGGCACAAUGGCUUCCCAAGCCGACAUGCAAGAUCUUCUCCGUCUUUUUACAACCGGCCGUAAUAAAGUUCCAAUGCUUAAAGCAAUGCAACGGGUUAAAGCACUACAAACUGCAUCCAUAAACCCCUCCAUUUCAGCUGUCGCAUCCACGCCUCUUGAUACCCUUCAAUCCGCGCUCUCUCUUGAUGAGAAAGCCACGAAGUCGCUAAUUACUGCUUGCAAGAAUACUAGUAAGACGGCAGGCAAAAGAUCCGCAAGCGAGACUGAUGCUACAAGUAAUGGAGCGCCGAAACGCGUUAAAACAUUCGAAUCGGCGUAUUCGUUACCAGUUGAACAAACGGAGGAGGAAUUAGAGAAGAGUCUGGAGCUGCCAGAGAGCGUAAGAGAUGAAGAUAGGAUUAAGAAGGCGACUAUUUAUACGAAUAGAGCACCGCUAGUAUUGGCAUGGACAUUGCAAUUAUUGAAGUAUACAAUGCCGGGACAGGGAUUAAGUGGGAGAUUGAGUUUGGCGCAGGCGCUGGUUAGUGCGAACAGUAAGAUUAAAGCAGAGAGCCUAGGUCUGAAAGGGAAAGGGAAGGAUGAGGAUGAAGGGAAAGGAUGGCCUAAGGUAAAGAUCAUGGGUAGGGAGAUCGCCGUUUUGAAGAGAGGAGGUUAUGAUGGGCUGGGAGAAAUUAGAGAGGAGAAUGGAGUCAAGGAGGAGGAUGAAAAUAUUGCGGCUAAAAGCAAUUCGAAUGAUGAAUGGGCAGUUUCUACGCCCAUAGCAUCUAAGGGCUCAACGUUCAUUGCUCGCUCGAUAUCUGUAUCUUCACCCAGUCAAGCCCGCACCUAUCUUCAAACCCUCCUGAAGGAUACCUCCAUCUCCGAUGCAAGCCAUAAUAUUACAGCUUUCCGUGUUCAAGGUGAACAUGGAAUGAUUGAAGAUUGUAAAGACGAUGGCGAAUCAGGUGGCGGCAAACAUAUUCUGGGAGUGCUUCAAAAUAAUGAUAUAGAUGGGGUUUUGCUUGUUGUCUCAAGAUGGUAUGGAGGUCUUAUGUUAGGGCCUGACCGCUGGCGGAUCAUGACACAAGUUUCUAAUGAUGCAUUAUCACAACGCUUAAGAGUUGCGGGAAGCAUCAGAGGAGAACAAUUAUGGGGAUUGGAUAUUGAAGCUAUGAGUUCGUCAGGUGGAGGAAGCAUGCCUAUUCAUAGGCCAGAGGGAGCGAGAAAAUACAUCCUGAAUGCCUUUGCUUCGCCACCCGUAGAUGACAAUGAUGAGAGAGGAAAGGGUAAAAAGAAGAAAACUGCGAAAGCGUUAGCUGAAGAAAAAGAAGAAAAUCUAGGAUUGCUGAUGGGAGCCUUAGAUUUAUUAUUUGAGAGCUGGCUAAAGCAUAUUGGGAAGGAGGAGUUGGAUAGGAGGGCUUGGGGAUGGUAUGUGCAGGUUAGACCAGAGGUGGAGAGUGGUGUUGCAGGGUGGGGUGGAAAGGGGGAUGUCAAGCUGAGUGAGAUAUUGGCAUUGAGGAGGAACUCGUGAGAUCAGUGAACUAGUGAGUAGAUUCCUCUUGCCAUGAUGGGUACUCUGUGAGAAGAACAUGUAUGAACAGUGGCGUGAACGAACCUUAUUAAUGACAAUACUUCAUUGACUCUGGCUCA